GGCCGCCGGACUCGGAUGACUUUGCGUUCUUCCACGAGGGCAGCCAGGGAUGCCUGGGGGCGCGGGCUCACUCCCUGGUCCUGUCCACGUCCUGUCAGGAGGCCAGCCAGCGCUGGAAGUGGGUCACCCGGGGCCGCCUCUUCAACCUGGGCUCCUCGCUCGUUUACACCUGUGACCGCGAGCCCCCCAAGGUGCGCUGGACCUGGCGAUGUGGCCAAGUGCUGGAAAACCUCAAUAACUACCUGCCGUGGCCCUCGUUUUGGAACGCCUCCACGGCCUCGGCGCCGUCCAAGUGGUCUCUGCACGGCGGUGUGCAGGACUUGUGCGCCAAAACAUACCGCGAGAUCUACACCAUCCAGGGCAACGCUCAAGGCAGCCCCUGCUACCUUCCCUUCCUGUACGAUGGACAGUGGUUCCACAGCUGCACCAGCAUCGGCCGCGAGGACGGCCACUUGUGGUGCGCCACCACAUACGACUACGCUGCAGACGAGCGUUGGGGCUUCUGUCCCGUCAUGAGCGGCGGCUGCGAGACAUUCUGGGACAAGGACCCCCUGACAGACAGCUGCUACCAGUUUAACUUCCAGGCCACGUUGUCGUGGAACGAGGCCCGCAUUAGCUGCCAGCAGCAGGGGGCCGACCUUCUCAGCAUCACCAAGCUGCACGAGCAGACCUACAUCAACGGCUUUUUGACAGGCUACAGUGCCGCCUUGUGGCUCGGCCUCAAUGACCUGGACAUCAACGGCGGCUGGCAGUGGGCUGACUCCUCGCCGCUCAAAUAUAUCAACUGGGAACCAGAACAACCAAACCACGAAGACGAGGAGAACUGCGUGGUGAUCAGGACAGAGUCGUCGGGUCGUUGGCAAAAUCGCGACUGUUCCGACGCCCUUCCGUACGUGUGCAAGAAGAGGCCCAACGCCACCCUGGACCCUUUCACCACUGACUCGUGGGCCGACGACGAGAAGUACGAGUGCGACGUGGGCUGGCAGGCCUUCCAGGCGGGCUGCUACAAGAUGACCGCGGAGAAGAGCGACUGGGAGGCGGCGCUCAAGACGUGCCAGAAGUUGGAGGGCAACCUGGCCAGCAUCCACACGCUGCCCGAGUUGGAGUUCAUCUUGCGCAACAUCAAGAAAGACACGGAGCAGCUGUGGAUCGGCCUCCACGACACGGCCAUGCAGAUGGACUUCCAGUGGAGCGACCACACGCCUGUCAUCUUCACCCACUGGCACCCCUUUGAACCCAACAACUUCCGCAACACCCAGGAGGACUGUGUCUCCAUGUGGGGAGUUUCGGGUCGCUGGGACGACAGCCCAUGUAACAUAACGCUGCCCGCCAUCUGCAAGAAGGCCGCCACGAAGAGUGACGGCAAACCUCGACUGCAAGACUGCAAACAAGUAAUGUACCUUUUCUUUUUUUUUUCUCAAUAAACUUUGAC